CGUCGACUGAUCCUUCUGCGACGUCGCCAUGUCGUCCCUGCAAGAGUCUCGCGCUCUUGGCAAGCUCGAGAAGCAGCGCGAGCGUCUGCUAGAGGACAUCCAACGUCAGAAAGAUGCGCUCGCAAGGGAAGCCAAUAAGGAUCAUCUCGAUGCGACUCGCUUCGUUGGCAAGACCGACAGCAUGGAGGACUCGCUCAAGAUGUCCACUGUUGGCUUGCAACGGCUGUCCGACUUUCAGCUCAAGCGGCAGGAGCUGGAGGAGCAGAAGAUGCGAGAGGCGGCAAAGACGUCCGACUUGCAAAUCGAAGACCUGAGGCGGAAGAAGAAGAAGAAGGAUAAGAAGGCGGCUGCUACACUCUCCUUUGCCGCAGAGGACGAAGCAGAGCAAGAUGAGCCAGUGGCGAAGAAGCCAAAGCUGGGAAAGAACCCGACGGUGGACACUUCCUUCCUGCCGGACAGAGUACGCGAGGAAGCGGAGCGGAAAGUGCGCGAGGAGCUCCGUCAAGAGUGGCUCAGGAAGCAAGAGAUGGUCAAAGAGGAAGAGAUUGUCAUCAUCUACAGCUAUUGGGACGGCAGUGGCCAUCGCAAGGAUGUCACCAUGAAGAAAGGAGACACGAUUGCACAAUUUCUUGCUGAAUGCCGCAAGCAAGUGCCCGAGCUGAGAGCCACUAGCGUCGACAAUCUCAUGUACAUCAAGGAAGACCUCAUCAUACCACAUCACUACCGCUUCUACGACUUCAUCAUGAACAAAGCCCGAGGGAAAUCGGGCCCACUCUUCUCCUUUGAUGUGCAUGACGACGUUCGCCUGGUGGCGGAUGCGACGAUUGAAAAGGAAGAAACUCACGCAGGCAAGGUCGUCGAGCGAGCUUGGUACAAUCGCAAUCGACAUGUGUUCCCGCAGAACAGAUGGGAGACCUACGAGCCGGACAAAGACUAUGGUGCAUACCGCAUCAAGGAUGCCAAACUCAGCUAGAUGUUCUCAAGUGUAAUGUUGUACAACUUUUGCAACUUAGGUGGUAGGUUGACGCGAGACCAGCUCACGUAAAGACC